AACAAUGAUCGAGGGUCGAGGGAGGUUGUGAAAAGUUUGUCGUUUGUGCUGAGCUUCCUUUGCCUUUUAGCCAUACACUUUGACGAAGACUUCAUACAGAUCGGAUAGAGCAGCGCCUGGGCGGGAGUGGACGACAUUCUCGAGGAUGGCGUGUGAGCUGCGUUACGCUCACUCCGAGGGGCAGACAUGGGUGGCCUACUCCGCUAGUGCCAAGUCGCUGGUCACGGCAGGUUGUGACGGCGAUGUUCGGGUGUACGACGACUUUGAAGAUAACGACCCGAAAUCAUUCCGUGCCGGAAAACAGGUGUUCGCGUUGGCAGUCAAGAAAGGAUGCAUUGCGACAGCAUUGGAAACAAACUCUGUCCAACUUUACACCUUCCAGGGCCAUGCCGAUGGCCUUGCGGCGCGUUUCGAGUCACCAUGCUACACGCUAGCGUUUAGCACGUCAGGAGAGCAGCUGGCUGCAGGAGGCAGUGACUUCACCAUCAAGGUACCCACCGUCGCCUCGCCUAGCCAGACUAAGGUCCUACGCGGUCACGAGGCUCCGGUUAGCACCGUGGCUUUCGAUGCCAAGGACGAAUAUCUCGCGUCAGCGUCCUGCGAUGGCAGCGUGCGUGUGUGGAAGAUAGCCGAGGAGAAGACCGUACAUACUGCCAUGGUUCUAGACAAGGGAAAUGACAUCGGCGCGGUCGACUCUAUAUGCGGUCUUGCGUGGCAGCCCAAAACCAGUGAACUACUGGCCAUUCCUGUAAAGAACACGGUGCAGUUACUCCAACGCCUGUCCUGGCAGAAGCAGUUCACGCUGGAAUGCAGUGGUGAUGAUAAGGUGGUCAACGUCGUCUGUUGGUCGGUUUGUGGCCGCUUUCUCGCCGCCGGCACUAUCACGGGUGACAUCUUCCUGUUCGAUGUAAAGAAGAGAGUCGUUGUUGAGCAUCUGGAGAAUCCCAAUGCUAUUUGCUCUAUGCAGUUUCAACCCAAAGGAGAAAGCCAGCUGAUCUUUGCCGACUCUCAGGGUCAAAUGGGACUGUGGGACGAGGUUCCCAUAGCAGCCCCGUCCAUAUCCGUCGCAGAGCCCGUUGCCGCCGGCGACGACGACAUGGCCGACGAGGAUCUGGUCGCUAUGGUGAUGGACACGGACGUCGCUAUGGAUACGCUUGGCGCUCCCCCGGUCCUCAUGGACGACAGUAGCAACAUGUCUGUGCCGUCGACCACCACAGGACCCACAUCGAAGAAGUCCAGAGCGCGCGCCAGUUUCCUUGACGAUAGCGCUAGCGAGUCGGGAGGUGGUUCCGAUGACGAGGACGAGGCGGCACUGGAUGCCGAGGCAGCAGCGGCCACUGGCGACAUGUUUGACGACGGCAACAGCCUGGGCGAAUGGCCGGAGGAGAACGUGGAUGAGGCGCAACCGUUCGUGCCUCCAAUGGGUGCCCAAGAGAGGCUGCUAGCUCAGACUAUGAAUGCCUCAGCACAGAUCAGGGAACAGCGUAAGGCCAUGAAGUCCAACGUGGCCAAGCAACAGCCACCGUUCCAAGUCUGUUCCACGCCCAGCAGGCAGCACACGUAUUUCAUGGCGUACAACGACGUCGGCGUGAUCCGCUGCAAGAGGGAGGACAGCGCCAUGAGCAUGCUGGACGUGGAGUUCCACGACACCAGCACCUACCACGCCAUGCACAUCAGCAACACGUCGGACUACGAUCUCGCCGCUCUGUCCGAGGAAGCGGUUGCCUUCGCCUGCUCGGCCAGUGGCGAGGGAAAGAAUAAGCUGGAGUGCCGUCACUUCAGUGCCUGGGAUGGCGCCAAGGAAUGGUCCACCGUCAUGAACAAGAAGGAGAGUAUCCAGAACCUCGCGGUUGGCUCAAGCUUUGUUGCCGUAGCAACUAGCCGGCAGCUGCUGCGCGUGUGGACGCUGAGUGGAGUGCAGUCGUUCAUGGCAACGCUGCCGGGGACGGUCGUAACCAUGGCAGCGCAUCGUGACCUGCUGGCAGUCGCGUACCAUCAUGGUAUUGCUUUAGGCCCUAUCCACACUACAGGUGUGAAAGGUAGUAGCGUCCUCUUUCAAGUGGCGUGCAAGUGCACUUGCAUCCACACUCCCAAGAACAGCCGGCGUGAAACGUGA